GGGGUAGGAGAGGGAGUGUGAAAGAGACUAGGAACGAUGAAGAGGGAGAAAAGGAGAGUUAUGAAUGUGUUGGAGGCUCACCAGCAGGUCUGGCUGCUCAGAACACGAGACUAGGAACGAUGAAGAGAGGGAGAAAAGGAGAGUUAUGAAGGUGUUGGAGGCUCACCAGCAGGUCUGGCUACUCUGAGAACACGAGACUAGGAACGAUGAAGCGAGAGAAGAGAGGGAGAAAAGGAAAGUUAUGAAGCUGUUGGAGGCUCACCAGCAGGUCUGGCUGCUCUGAGAACACGAGACUAGGAACGAUGAAGAGAGGGAGAAAAGGAGAGUUAUGAAGGUGUUGGAGGCUCCCCAGCAGGUCUGGCUGCUCUGAGAACAGGUUUUUACAUUUCAAUCAUUUGGUAGACACUAAUCCAGAGCCAUUUACAAUUAGUGCAUUCAUCUUAAGAUUGCUUGGUGAUACAACAACACAUCACAAUCGUAUCAAGUACAUUUUCUCUCAACAAAGGAUCAGCAAAGUCAGUGCUAGUAGGAAAAGACAAGUGUUUUUUUGGGGCGUGGUGAGCGUUAUUUAAGAUGCUCUUCGAAGAGGUCAGGUUUCAGAUGUUUCAUGAUGCGAGCUUCGACUGGAAGUUAGUGGAGUGUGCAGGGGAGCGGGGUGACAUGGCAAAACUUAGGAAGGUUGAACACCAGGCGGGCUGCAGCAUUCUGGAUAAAUUGCAGGGCUUUGAUGGCACAAGCAGGGAGCCCAGCCAACAGAGUUGCAGUAGUCCAGAUGGGAGAGGACAAGUGCCUGGAUAAGGACCUGCACCGCUUUCUGUGUAAGGAAAGGUCGUACUCUACGGAUGUUGUAGAGCAUGAACCUGCAGGAGCAAGUCACUGCUUUCAUGUUUGCUGAGGACAACAGGGUGUUUGUCCAGGGUCACACCAAGGUUCUUUGCACCCUGGGAGGGGGACACCGUGGAGUUGUCAACCAUGACGGGGAGGUCUUGGAGUUGGCAGGCCUUCCCUGGGAGGAGUAGCAGCUCCGUUUUGUUGAGCUUGAGGUGGUGGGAUCACAUUCAUGCUGAGAUGUCUGUCAGGCACACAGAGAUGUGUGUCGCCACCUGGGUGUCAGAAGGGGGGAAGGAGAAGUAGUUGAGCAAUGAAAGGAGAGCCCAUGUGAGGAUAUGACGGAGCCGAGUGACUUGGUGUAAAGAUAGAGGAGAGGGCCUAGAACCGAGUCUAAUGACUCACACAAACACUCUCUGGUGUGUACGCACUCACACAAACACUUUCUGGUGUGUACGCACUCACACAAACACUCUCUGGUGUGUAUGCACUCACACAAACACUAUGUACAGUGUGUGCAAAUGUAGUAGAGUAGAGAGGUAAGGCAAUAAAUAGGCCAUGGAGGCAAAAUAUUUACAAUUUAGCAUUAACACUGGAGUGAUAGAUGUGCAGGUGAUGAUGUGCAAGUAGAGAUACUGGGGUGCAAAAGAGCAAGAGGAUAAGUAACAAUAUGGGGAUGAGGUAGUUGGGUGUGCUAUUUACAGAUUGGCUGUGUACAGGUGAUGCUUAAAGUUAGAGAGGGAGUUAUAAGACUCCAGCUUCAGAGAUUUUUGCAAUUCGUUCCAGUCAUUGGCAGCAGAGAACUGUAAGGAAAAAUAUACCUGCUGGAGCGCGUGCUACGGGUGGGUGUUGCUAUGGUGACCAGUGAGCUGAGAUAAGGCGGGGCUUUACCUAGCAAAGACUUAGAUGUCCUGGAGCCAGUGGGUUUGGCGACAAAUAUGUAGUGAGAGCCAGCCAACGAGAGCAUACAGGUCGCAGUGGUGGGUAUUAUAUGGGGCGUUGGUGAUACAACGGAUGGCACUGUGAUAGACUACAUCCAGUUUGCUGAGUAGAGUGUUGGAGGCUAUUUUGUAAAUGACAUCGCCGAAGUCAAGGAUUGGUAGGAUAGUCAGUUUUACGAGGGAAUGUUUGGCAGCAUGAGUGAAGGAGGCUUUGUUGCGAAAUAGGAAGCCGAUUCUAGAUUUGUUUUUGGAUUGGAGAUGCUUAAUGUGAGUCUGGAAGGAGAGUUUACAGUUUACAAAGACAUCUAGGUAUUUGUAGUUGUCCACAUAUUCUAAGUCAGAACCAUCCAGAGUAGUGAUGCUAGUCGGGCGGGCGGGUGCAGGCAGCAAUCGGUUGAAAAGCAUGCACUUAGUUUUACUAGCAUUUAAAAGCAGUUGGGGGGCACGGAAGGAGAGUUGUAUGGGAUUGAAGCUCGUUUAGAGGUUUGUUAACACAGUGUCCAAAGAAGGGCCAGAUGUAUACAGAAUGGUGUCGUCUGCGAAGAGGUGGAUCAGAGAAUCACCAGCAGCAAGAGCGACAUUAUUGAUAUAUACAGAGAAAAGAGUCGGCCAGAGAAUUGAACCCUGUGGUACCCCCAUAGAGACUGCCAUAGGUCCAGACAACAGGCCCUCCGAUUUGACACACUGAACUCUAUCUGAGAAGUAGUUGGUGAACCAGGCGAGGCAGUCAUUUGAGAAACCAAGGCUGUUGAGUCUGUCGAUAAGAAUGUGGUGAUUGACACAGUCGAAAGCCUUGGCCAGGUUGAUGAAUACAGCUGCACAGUACUGUCUUUUAUCGAUGGCGGUUAUGAUAUCGUUUUCUGUGAAAGACAGGGUCCUGAAAAAGGGAUGUUUCUUUUUUUGCUGAGUUGUGUGUGUGUGUAUAUAUACAGUGGGGAGAACAAGUAUUUGAUACACUGCCGGUUUUCCUACUUACAAACCCGGUAGAGGUCUGUGAUUUUUAUCAUAGGUACACUUCAACUGUGAGAGACGGAAUCUAAAACAAAAAUCCAGAAAAUCACAUUGUAUGAUUUUUAAGUAAUUAAUUUGAAUUUUAUUGCACAAUUCCCACAGUAAAGGGAAACGAAUGUUCAUAGUGUUAAGGGGGAAAAACUCUAGAAAGUUAAGUGAAAUUCAAUCUCGUGCUUCUCUGUGCAGGCUUUUAUUUCUACUGCGUCGUGCCUGUGCACACGCACAGUUUAGAGGGAGCAUUGGUUGGGUCCAGAGAGAUUCAUGUUUAUCACUCACUGCUCCAAAAAAAUGUCUCUGCAAAAACAAAUCCACGCUAGCUAGCUACGUUUUUUUCCUCUUUGGACCUGCGUUUACAAUUGAUCCAAUUUCAGUUUGUGCAGUUGUUGGUUUAGCUUCCUGUAACAAGUACGGUCUGCAUGUGUAGGCGCAUAUUGCGUCAUGAUUGCAAGGCGUCCCGAUAUCUUUUCCAACUGCCCAGUUAUCUGGUUUUAAUGUCAUUCUAGAAUGCCCUUCUGGCUAAUCAGAAAUGAGUAUUCUUUAACGCUGUAGUAUAACAUGAUAUCAUGUAGAAAACAUGAACGUUCUACCUGAUGGUCAGUGUCUGAAACCAGGUCAAAUAUAUUUUAAUGAUAGGAGAUAUGAGUGCCACCGGCUUUCUUAAGAGUCUGGACAUGCUUGAUGUCAUGCUGGUGUCAGACUCCGUCUCUGUGUCAUUCCCAGGUGAGUGUGCGUAACGUCUACAUCUUCCCUGGGAUCCCGUCUCUGUUGGAGAGAGCCUUCAAUGGUCUGGAGCACCUGUUCGCUGGCUCAGGGACCACCUUCCACACACGAGAGGUGUUUGUGGAUGCAGACGAGGCGUUGAUCGCCCCGGUGCUGACCCGCCUGCAGGCGGGCUGGGGGAAGAGGGCGGCUCUGGGCUCCUACCCUGACUGGCUCAGUAACUACCACCGGGUCAGGUUGGUGCUGGAUUCAGACAGCUCUGAGGAGGUGGAGAAGGCCCGGGCUCAGCUGCUGGAGGAGAUGCCCAAAGGCAGUGUGGUUCCCCUGGUCACGGACCCUGUGUCCAUCGCUACUGAGGAGGUCUACACACUGGCCAACAGCGGCACACCGCUGGGUGAUAAAGUGACAAACGCUCUGAAGACCAUAGAGACUGCUCUGGAUCAGUAUUCGGCAGGGGAGAUCUGUGUGGGCUUCAAUGGAGGCAAAGACUGCACUGCUCUACUACAUCUAUAUUACGCUGCACUGAAACGGCGGUAUCCGGAGGGUAAGGACAAGGUAAAGGCUCUGUACAUUCGCAUCGUCUCUCCCUUCCCAGAGAUGGAGAGAUUCCUCCAGGACACAAUAAAGAGGUAUGACCUGGAGAUUUUCUCAGUGGAGGGCAGUAUUCGGCAGGCAUUGAGUGAUGUACAGGAGAGGAGGCCGGAGCUGAGAGCUGUGUGUAUGGGCACCAGGAGGACUGACCCCUACUCACACACACUCACACCCAUGUGUCUCACUGACCCUGGAUGGCCGGACUACAUGAGAGUCAACCCCCUGCUGGACUGGACGUAUCAUGAUAUCUGGUCAUUCCUGAGGACGCUAUAUGUGCCCUACUGUACUCUAUAUGAUAAAGGGUACACCUCAUUGGGUAGCAUGGACAACACCUGCCGAAACCCCGCCCUCCAAGUGGUGGAUGGGAGGGGCGUGAGCCGCUAUAGACCUGCCCACCUCUUGGAGAAUGAGGAAAUGGAGCGCGACUCACGUGAAUGAUGUCACUUCCUUGUUUGUAAUGUCCUGAUCUUUUAUCCGCCCCUCCUGAUUGGGGCUCCAGGUAAAAGAUGCUUGUAGGGACAGACCUAGAAUCAGCAUAUCCUCCUCAAAUCCCAACCUUAACCAUUAGACAAAACUGAACAUACGGGCAACUUCUGAAGAGAGGAGCAGGAAGGAAGAGGAGAGUGAAAGAAAGAGGGAACGGAUUGAGGAAAGUGGAACAGACAAAGAACCAGAGACUGAUCACAGAAUGAGUGCAUUUUGAAGGAAAAGUGUGUUUCUGAGUGGAAAACGUGUGUCAGAGUGCAUGUCUGAGUGGCUUAGAAUCUAAUGAUAUAGAUUUACAUGGUUUGUAAUAAAAUAUCAAUCUGUCACAAGUUUACUUAUUAAUUAAUUAAUUAUUGGCAAGAGAUUGUGAAGGUGCUGAUAAGAGAGGGGGAGGGAGAGUAAUUAUUCUGUUGUACAUUUUAACAAUAUUCCUCUGUUCACGAUUUUACAGUACACGCUACGUCUUUUAAUCUACGCUGAGUGUACAAAACAUUAGGAACACCUUCCUAAUAUUGAGUUGCACCCCCCUUUUGCACUCAGAACAGCCUCAAUUCGUCAGGGCAUGGACUUUACAAGGUGUCAAGCGUUCCACACGGAUGCUGGCCAUGUUGACUUCAAUGCUUCCCACAGUUGUGUUAAGUUGGCUGGAUGUCCUUUAGGUAGUGGACCAUUCUUGAUACACAGGAAACUGUUGUGUGAAAAACCCAGCAACGUUGCAGUUCUUAACACUCAAAUCAGGGCGCCUGGCACUUACUAUCAUACCCCGUUCAAAGGCACUUCAAUAUUUACUCUUGCCCAUUCACCCUUUGAAUGCACGCAUACACAAUCUAUGGCUCAAGGCUUAAAAAUCCUUCUUCAACCUGUCUCCUCCCCUUCAUCUAAACUGAUUGAAGUGGAUUUAACAAGUGACAUCAAUAAGGGAUCAUAGCUUUCACCUGGUCAGUCCAUGUCAUGGAAAGAGCAGGUGUUCUUAAUGAUUUGGACACUCGGUGUAUAUUAUAGCAUAUUUGUAUACUGCAGUGGAGGCACGUGGGAAGUGUUAUAGGACGGGUUCAUUGUAAUGGCUGGAAUGAAAUAAAUGGAACAGUAUCAAACAUA